ACACUGAAGCUCAAUUUUAAAAGAUAAGUCCUAAGAAGCGAGGCAAGAUGGCGGAAGAAGGCGGCGUUACCGUUUGCGUGAGAGUGCGGCCACUUAUUGCAAGAGAAAAUGAAGACCUUGAUGAAAAAGGACAGGUUUCAUGGAAAAGUGAAGACUGCACUGUAUCACAAAUAGAUGGAACCAGGUCAUUUGUCUUUGAUCGUGUGUUCCACUCUAACAACAGUACAAAGGAAGUCUACCAAGGUGUGACUGCUCCUAUUAUCAAGUCGGCAGUUCAAGGAUACAAUGGGACUAUUUUUGCUUACGGUCAGACAGCUUCAGGCAAAACGCACACAAUAUUGGGUACCAAAGAUGGUCCAGGUAUCUUACCCAUGGCAAUUAAUGAUGUCUUCAAUACCAUCUGCAGUAUUCCAGAUAGGGAAUUCCUGCUCCGUAUAUCAUACAUGGAAAUUCAUAAUGAAACUAUACAAGACUUGCUAUGCAGUAACAUUAGGAAAAAGAAGUCAUUGGUUGUUCGUGAAGACAUCAAUAGGACAAUCUAUGUUGAAGAUCUGAAUGAAGAAGUAGUGGUUUCUCCAGAAGAGGUUAUGAGCUGGCUGAAGAAAGGAGAAAAAAACAGGCACUAUGGUGAGACAAAAAUGAAUGAAAAAAGCAGCCGUUCUCAUACAAUUUUUAGAAUGAUCAUUGAAAGUAAAGAAAAGCAUACUUCUGGCUCAAGCUAUGAAGGAGCUGUAAUGGUUUCUCAUUUGAAUUUUGUAGAUCUGGGAGGAAGUGAAAGAGCCAGCCAAACAGGAGCUGAAGGGAUUCGAUUUAAAGAAGGGUGUAAUAUUAACCGGAGCCUCUUCAUCUUGGGCCAAGUUAUCAAGAAACUUUGUGAUGAUCAGUCUGGAGGUUUCAUCAACUACAGGGACAGUAAGCUAACAAGAAUUCUCCAGAACUCCUUGGGUGGAAAUGCCAAGACUGUUAUCAUAUGUACAAUUACACCAGCAUCUUUGGAAGAAACUCUUAGCACGCUCCAGUUUGCUAGUACAGCUAAAAAAAUGAAGAAUACCCCGAAAGUCAAUGAAGUUCUUGAUGACGAGGCUCUUCUAAAGAGAUACCGUAACGAAAUAGAAGAUUUGAAACGCCAACUGGAAGAAGUUUCAUCUCAUUCUCAUACCAAAGAUCAGUUAGCACAACUCUUGGAAGAGAAGAAUUCUGUUCAGAAAGAGCAACAAGACAGGAUAAGAGCACUCACAGAGAUGUUGGUGACUUCAUCCUCUUUUUUGCGAGAACGGGAGCUAAAGGCUAAAAAGAAGAGGCGUGUGACCUGGGCCCCUGGGCCUGUAAGCCAAGAUGGCGGAAUGCCUUUCUUAGAAGACUUUCCUGCAAGAGCUAAACGCUUUAAAGGUUCUCUAUCUUGUGUCACAGAGAUGGAAGAAUCUGUCUCCUCGGAAUUCUCAGAAUAUGAUGAUCAAUGCAUGACAGCCAGUGUUAUAAUGCCUGAGGAAGAAUGGAUCCCAGGAUCCGAAAUAAACUUUACUUCUAAAGACUUUGCCGAGUCGGUUCAGCUUUGCCAAAGCCUCUUGGAAGAAAGGGAUAAUGCCGUCACUGAACAGCAAACCAUAAAAUCAAAAUUUGAUAGUGUGUGCUUGGAGAAAGAACAGCUGACCUUAGAACUCUCAGAGCUGCGUGAAAAAAUCUCAACCCAUGAGUUUGUGGCCCUUGAGAAAGUGGUUUCUGAAGAGCAGGAGAUGCAACUAAUGCAUGAAAUUACCAACUUAAAGGCUAUAAUUUCAAAUGCAGAAAUAUACAAUCAAGACCUUCAGCAAGAAAUAAACUCAAAAGACAUGCAGUGCAAGGAACAAGAGGAAAGAAUCUCAGCAUUGGAAGAGCACAAUAAGAAACUUAAAAGUCUUGUAGAAGAGUUUAAAAAAGACAAAAAUGAAACAACCAUUUUAGUACAAACUCCAAGGAAAAACCGGGACGAAGUGCAAGAGUUAAAGCAAUCUCUCAGAGAUGCUGAAAAUGUUGCCCUGGAUGCCAAGAAAGAAUCUGCAUUCCUCCGAAGUGAAAAUCUAACACUGAAAGAAAAAAUGAAUCAGCUCUCAGAGACUUACAAUCAAAUGGAAAAAGAUCUUGGAAACUACAAAACCCAAUUAGAAGCCGGAAAAGUCACCUAUAAAAAAAUGCAGUCUGAUCUCCAGAAAGAACUACAAUAUUACUUGCAAGAAAAUGCAAAGCUGACAUCUUCGGUGGAAGUUAACAAUUCAAAAGACUUGCUACCAUAUAUGGAGUUGGAAGGGAAAAUGGAGGAUUUAAAAAAUGAGCUGAAUAAAGCUUUGGAAGAGAACGUGAGUUUAAAGGAAAAGUUGACUGAUUUAUCAGAAGCAAACUCUGGAUCAGAUCUUGAAAUCUUACACAAAGAGAUUGUUGAAAAAAAUGAAACAAUUGCUCUGCUGAUCUCAGAAAAAGAAAUGUUGCUGUCUCAAGUUUGUGAAAAAGAGAGAAUGGUUCAUGAAGCAACUCAAGCACUAUCAUCCAAAAUGGAUUUAGCAAAUGAUGAAAUGAUAAGAGGAAACACCGUAGCUUUUGAAGAACUCAGACAGUCGUGUGAUAGAUUGGAGGAGAAAUCCUUGGUUGUGGCUGAAGAAGACAACUCUACGAAAACAGAAAUAGAUUCCUGUUCCAAUGGAAGUCUCAAUACGUCCAUCAGUUAUAAUACCCAAGAGCAAUCUAGCAAAACUGAAGAAUUACAGAAGAAGGACUUGGAGCAAGAGGAGCUGCUCACACUUAAAGAACAACUGGAUGAAGCUCAUCAAAAGCUGAGUGAAAUGGAAGAGCUCAAAGAUCAGUUGAAGGUUUGGGAGUCUAAAAUGGAAGCCGAGGAAGCACAAAAGUCAGACAUCAUAGAAAGACUUCAGGAAGAUCAAGAAAAAAUAAGAACCUUGACCCAAGAAAGAAGUGACUUCAAACAAAAAUAUGAAGCCCUUGAGAAGGAGAGAGAUCAGCUCAAAGAAGAUAUACAAGAUACCAUCUCGAUGAAUAUUGAAGCCCAGGAGGGGUUCAGGAAUGCCCAGAAUUCUUUGAAGCAGUGUCAGAAGCGCAUUAAAGAACUUGAAGAAACCAUUUCAGAGAAAGACAAACAGAUUUCAAGAGUUCAGGAAACUUUAGAGGUCACAAUUGAUGAUCAAAAACAACAGCUACAAACAAAGUCUUUUGACCCGCAGCAAUUGCUCCAGAUGAAUCAGAAUGCAGAAAAUUUUGAUGACGCAGAGCAGCUCAAAAUUAGUCUUGAGUCUCAAGUGGAAGUCCUACAGAAGGAGAAUGCCGAGCUGGUUCAGAAGCUUCACAGCACUGAAGAAGAUAUCAAAUGUAUCAGCCAAGAAAAAGAGCAUCUGAGAACAGAGAUCCAACACCUAGAAAACAACUCCCUCGAGCUGCAGCAACUGCUCUGCCUGAAAGAAGAGGAGAGUCAGCAGAAAGUAGAGAACAUGAAGGAUGCACAGCUGGACAGUAUCUCUGAGUCCCAAAUGGAAGCCCUGCAGAAGGAGAAAACUGAGCUGGUUCAGAAGCUUCAGAGCACUGAAGAAAAUGUCAAAUGCAUCAGCCAAGAAAAAGAGCAUCUGAGAACAGAGGUAAAGGUUCUUCAAGCUGAGAAGGAUACCAUGACUCAAACUGUCCACCAUCUAGGUGAGACUCUAGAGAAGCUGGUUCCAAUGAAUUUGGAACUGCAGGAACAAUUGAGGGAGGCUAAUAAUUCUCUCAGAGAACAUAAGGAAAUGGUAGAAGAACUGAAAGGAAAAACCAUAGCCAUAGAUUCUCAGACUUCAAAAAUUGACGAGGAAUUGAAACAAAAGGCUGAGGAUACUCAGUUAGAACUGGAGAAAUUGUUAGCAUAUGUAAAAUUGCAAGAAGAUGAGGUUCAUACACAGAAGAAUUUAGUUUUUGAGAAACAACAAAUGUUUGAGAAACUUGAAGAGGAAUUUAAAGAAGAAACAAAAAAACUAAAAGAAAAGGCUGAGGAUAGUCAAUUAGAACUGGAAAAAUUGUUAGCAUUUGUAAAAUUGCAAGAAGAUGAGGUUAAUACACAGAAGAAUUUAGUUCUUGAAAAACAACAAAUGUUUCAGAAACUUGAAGAGGAAUUUAAAGAAGAAACAAAAAAACUAAAAGAAAAGAUCCAACACCUAGAAAACAAUUCCCUUGAGCUGCAGCAACUGCUCUGCCUGAAAGAAGAUGAGAGUCAGCAGAAAGUAGAGAACAUGAAGGAUGCAAAACAGCUGGACAGUAUCUCUGAGUCCCAAAUGGAAGCCCUGCAGAAGGAGAAAACUGAGCUGGUUCAGAAACUUCAGAGCACUGAAGAAAACAUCAAAUACAUCAGCCAAGAAAAAGAGCAUCUGAGAACAGAAAUGAAGGUCCUUCAAACCGAGAAGGAUAACAUGAUUCAAACUGUCCACCGUCUGAGUGAGACUAUAGAGAGGCUUGUUCCAGUGAAUUUGGAACUGCAGCAAGAACUGAGGGAGGCUAAUAAUUCUCUCAGAGAACAUGAGGAAAUGGUAAAAGAACUAAAAGAAAAAAUCGUAACUACAGAUUUUCAGACUUUGAAGAUUCAUGAGGAGCUGAAGAAAAAGAGUGAGCAUAGUCAACUUGAACUGGAGAAAUUGUUGAUGUAUGUAAAAUCACAAGAAGAUGAAAUAAAUAUCCAGAAGAAUUUGGUUCUUGAGAAACAACAGAUGUUUCAGAAAUUUGAAGAGGAGAUUAAAGAAGAAACAAAGCACUUGAAAGAAAAAAUAAUAAAAUCAAAUGAAGAGGUAAGCAGCCUUACUGAGGAAAAGAAACAAUUGACAGCAGAAUUGAGGGAACAGGAGAAAUGUGUCCAACAGCUACAGAAAGAGAAGGCCUUGCUUCAAAAAGAGAGAGAGGACCUUCAGCAGGUUAUGCAGAACAUUGGAGAAGAAACACAAAGCCAACUUCAGGAGACCUUAUCUGAAAAAGCUGCAAAGAUAAUAAAAUCAAAUGAAGAGAUAAGCAGCCUUACUGAGGAAAAGAAACAAUUGACAGCUGAACUGAGGGAACAGGAGAAAUGUGUCCAACAGGUACUGAAAGAGAAGGCCUUGCUUCAGAAAGAGAGAGAUGACCUUCAGCAGCUUAUGCAGAACAUUGGAGAAGAAACACAAAGCCAACUUCAGGAGACCUUAGCUGAAAAUGCUGCAAAGAUAAUAAAAUUAAAUGAAGAGGCAAACAGCCUUACUGAGGAAAAGAAACAAUUGACAGCAGAAUUGAGAGAGCAGGAGAAAUGUGUCCAACAGCUACUGAAAGAGAAGGCCUUGCUUCAAAAAGAAAGAGAUGACCUUCAGCAGGUUAUGCAGAACAUUGGAAAAGAAACCGAAAGCCAACUUCAGGAGACCUUAUCUGAAAACGCUGCGAAGGAUUCUGAAAUGAAUGUCAAACAAAAGAUGCAAGACUGCUUUGAAAUCUUGGAGGCAAAAAUAUUCAGAAUAAUGGAGGCUCUGAAGAAAUUUCCAGAGCUGGAAAAAAGAUCUGAAUAUUUCAUAAACAUCUCUCUUCAGAUCAAGAAUCAGUUUGAUAGCAAGAAAGCUCUAAUAGCUAAGUGGCUUCCUGGCAUUUCUCUCCAGGAAGCCAAUAACAUCAAAAGGCUUCAGAUAGAAACUGAGCGUAUGAGCAACAGCCUCUAUAGCCUGUUGAACAAACUCCAGUACUUUUUUACCUGCUUGUGCGACAAAAGAAAGGAAUACUACACAAAUGUCAGCAAGUACACAAGGGAGCUGCUUGAUGAGCGAAGAAAUCAACAUGCACUGCUAAUGCAAAUUCAGCAACUCGGAAAGCAUCACAUGGCACAGCAGGGAGCUGGAUCACGGCAGUCUGGUAUCUCAGAACUGAUACAGAGCUUGGAUGGUCUCACAAAGCAAAUUUCAAAAGAAGUUUCUGAAAUGGAAGAAGAACUCGGUAGCACAGAGGUUACGUUACAAGAGUUGGAAUGUGAGAACAUAAAGAUGGAACGGUAUUUGGAACGGUGCUCAGAUUAUUUUGAUUUGCAAGGCUUUGAGGCAACAAUAAAGCAAAAUAUUGAAAAGUUUCGGUCCAUUAAUCAAUUGCUACAGCCCAAAGCUCAGCCCUAUUUUCAAGCUAGAUCGGCGCUGGAAGCCAUAAACGCCAACUACUGCAAAGAGAUUGAUGCUACUCUGAAGGCAUGUAGAGAAGAAACAAAGGAACUGAUUCUACAGUUAGAUAUGUUAAAGAAAGAGCAAAAAUCCUGUGCUGUUCCUAAUAUGGCACUAGAAGAAGAAAACCAUAAGCUAGAGUAUAAACUGAAAGCAACAGAACAAGAUACAAAGAAUCUACAGUUGAAAAUACAAGAACUAGAAAGCAUAAUAAAUGAAAGAAGUAAAAAUCUCCAAGAAAAAGAGAAAACAAUAGCCACACUACAAAUGAAACUUAAAGUGAGAGGUUCCAGGAGUGAAGUCAUCAAGCUUCAAGCUGCAUUAGAGGAAAAGGAAAAUUGCUUAAGAAAUGCAUUAAGUGAGAGAGAAACACUCAAGGCCCAGGUGGAUAAAGGUGUUGGAUUAUAUAAGGAAGAAAUUGAAGACCUGAGAACUCAGCUUGCUAAAGCUGAUAUGGCAAGAAUGAAGCAAUCCAAAUUGUUUGAUCAAGAAAUGGCAAAUGCCAAAGCUCUGGCAGAUCAUCGGGAACAGCAGUUAAGAAAGUUGAAGGAAGAACUUCGUAAAGCACAACAAGAACAGGAUGUAACAGUGAUGUCAAAUAAAGACCUUCCUCAGCCAUUUCUACCAAUUACUUGUGGUGGCGGUAGUGGAAUCGUACAGAAUACCCAUAUACUAGUGUUAAAAUCUGAGCAUGCAAAGCUGGAAAAGGAAUACGCUCAACUCAAGAAAGAACAUGAGCUACUGUUGACAAACGACCUUUUCUUGAAAGAAGAAAUCAAGAAAUGGAAGGAGCGAGCUGUGAAGAGGAGGGAGCGUGCCUUGGGAGAUACAGCUGGAGAUCAUAAAAUAAAAUCUCCAAGGAAAGCGCCCGCCUCCUCUCUUUCGGCAUUGCCAGCCUCUCCCUGCAAGGAGCGCUCCAUGCAGCCAAUUUUGCCUUUGGAUACGCCACAGUUGAUGCCGUCGAACACCCAAUCAAGUUUCUUUGAUAACUCAUGCUUAGGUAUUACUGCAAACACAAAAUCUGGCAGAACAGAAUCCGAAGAAAACAACAUUAGGAACUGGCUUUCAUCAGAAGAUAGAGGAGAUGUUUCUAAUUGCAAGACUCAGUAACAGUCAGAUUCUUUCAUAGAUGAUGGACAAGACUGACAGAGGCCACUUCAUUUUUCCUUUUCUGGCAAGAUGAAACUGAUGCUCUUUGAACAUACUUUCCAUCAUACCCAUAUGUAUUUCUUACUCUUGUUUAGUAUAUCUCCAUUAGAAAAUUUAUUUUGUAUUUUUUAACGUAUUUUUUUAUUUUUAAAUGUAUAAAUAAAAUUAAAACUCGGA